UUCAAAAUUUCCAACCUCUCCUCUCCAUUCCUUAUCUUUUGGAACUUGGAAGGACACUAUUGCUAUGCAAUCCAUUUGUAUAAAUUGUCCGUGGAUAAGAUAAUUUUGAAUGCAAAAAAAAAUUGUGUCAACUCAUUUUAUCUUUUCUUAAUAUAAGAAACCGAGUGUGUGUAAUACUACCCUCAUUCAAAUUUAGCUGUCCCCCUCUCAUUCUGCUAGCCAAUCCUACAACUCCAACUAAGGAAUCAAGCUCUUCCUGAAACCUUCAGCGCACUUUCUAUUAAUUGCAUAGACCAUAAAGGAAAUUACAUGGAUGAUUUAAGAACAGAAAGGCCCACCUAUGAAAAAUUUCACAAGAAGUCAGGAAUGAGAACCCUUAUCAGAAAAGAGUUGCUGCAUCCAUUUCCAAUCAAGGAAAAAGAUCUAGAUGAUAAGAUGCCACUGCGACCAACACCAGAAUCUGGCCUCUGUGCCUUCUGUGUGAAUGGUAAUAGCUGUAGAACUGUUCGCUCAAGAACAAAACUGAUGAACACUGUUUUAGAAAGAGGGAGGCCCGAGGAAGCCCGGCUAAUUUUUGAUAGCUUGAUUAAAGGAGGGCAUAAACCAUCUCUAAUUACAUACACUACCCUCUUAGCGACUUUGACAGCCCAGAAGCGUUUCAGUCACAUCCAUUCCAUUUUGUCUGAAGUGCUAAAGAGUGGUAUGAAGCCAGACCCUGUUUUCUUCAACGCUGUUGUUAAUGCAUUUUCUGAAUCUGGAAACAUGGAGGAAGCAAUGAAAACUUUCUUGCAAAUGAAGAAGAGUGGGAUAAAGCCUGCAAUCAGCACUUUUAACACUUUGAUCAAAGGGUAUGGAAUUGCUGGAAAGCCUGAAGAAUCUUUAAAGAUAAUGGGGUUAAUGUCGCAGGAGGUUAACGUGAAACCAAAUUUGAGGACAUACAAUGUGCUUGUUAAAGCAUGGUGUAGCAAAAAGAAUUUUACCGAUGCAUGGAAUACUGUGGAUAAAAUGAUAGCUUCUGGAUUACAACCAGAUGUUAUCACUUACAAUACGAUAGCAGCAGCUUAUAGUCAAAAUCAUCAAACUGAAAAGGCUGAAAGAGUGAUUUUAGAAAUGCAAAGGAAGAAUGUGCACCCUAACGAAAGGACGUGUAGUGUCAUCAUAGCUGGAUACUGUAAAGAAGAUAAACUAAAGGAUGCCUUGAGAUUUGUAUACACAAUGAAGGAUCUUGGAAUGCAUCCUAACCUUGUUAUUUUCAAUUCACUGAUCAAGGGCUUCCUUGACAUGUCAGACAGCGACGGUGUUGAUGAGGUCCUUACAUUAAUGGAAGAGUUUGGUGCCAAACCUGAUGUCAUUACUUUCAGCACCAUCAUGAAUGCCUGGGGCGCUGCAGGAUAUAUGGCUAAGUGCAGGGAGGUCUUUGAUGACAUGGUCAAUGCUGGCAUUCCACCUGAUGUCCAUGCGUAUAGCAUUUUGGCCAAGGGUUAUGUCCGUGCAUUGGAACCAGAAAAAGCAGAAGAGGUCCUGAAUGACAUGAUUGAAUCUGGUAAUCGUCCAAAUGUUGUGAUUUUCACCACUGUAAUUAGUGGAUGGUGCACUGCUGGUAGAAUGGAUUAUGCCAUGAGGAUCUUUGAGAAGAUGUGUGAAUUGGGAAUAUCUCCUAAUUUGAAGGUUUUCGAAACUCUGAUAUGGGGUUAUGCAGAAAAUAGAAAUCCUCGGAAAGCGGAAGAGAUAAUCCAAAUCAUGAAAGCAUUCAAUGUUCAACCCGAGAAAAGCACCCGUCUUCUAGUCGCAGAAGCCUGGGGUGGUGUUGGAUUAGUUGAGGGAGCAAAUGGACUGUCCUACUCAGAUGAAAAGCAAAGCUUAACUAGUAAACUCGAUAUGAAAGAUGGAACAGAAGUGGAGAACUUAGAAAAGGUCUACCAGCAGGAUGCUGAUUGUUAUCCCAAAUUUUUGCAGAUGCCCAAUGAACUAAUUAAUGAACCAAAGGGGACAGUAACUGCAGUUAAAAGAAGUGGUAUGGUGCUAAGAGAAGCUGAAUUUUCAUGUGAUACUUUGUCGGCUGCAACAAGGUCAUUGCAUAUUAGCUGUAGAUUUGGAAUGCGGGCUCCUGUUGUUUGCCAGAGACAAUUCCAAGUGCAGCUUUGUGCAUCUGGUCGGGUCGGAUACUCAAGUUCAAUUGUGUUCUUGACCUGAAGAGAGAAAUGGCUGCAAUUUCUGCACCUGAAUGUAGCUGGAUGUGAAAGUAAUGUGAUUAGAGUCGAGUACAUAUAAAGAGUGACUUCAAAUUGCUCCGCUCUCCGAGGACAUGGUUUUGUAAAGCUUUACUGAUCUUAUUACUCAUAUCUUUUAUUGUCCAUUGUAUCUGUAUACUGUGCAGCCGUAGAAAUCAUAUUUGGAUAUAUGCAAAGUCCAGUUGUGAAUGCA